GCGGGGAGGGCGGCGGCACAGGGUCUGGCCCCUCCGCGCGCCUCCUGCCCGUUCUCUCCGCGCCCGGCGCUCCAGCCCCCAGGCCCGGACCCUCGCUGCUCCCCGCUCCACGACCGCUGGACGCGGCGCGUGGUCCAGCGGGCCAGGUAGGAGGGAGGCGGCGCCGGGGCAGAGGGGCCGCGGGCGCCCCCCCGCCCUCCUGCGCUGUGCCCGAAGAUGUCGGGAGCUAUCUUUGCGCCCCUGGAGGGCCCGGGCGCCCUGGACGCGGCGAGCGGCCCCCCGCUCGUGUGCCCGCUGUGCCGCGCGCGGUACGAGCACCCCUGCCUGCUGGACUGCUUCCACGACUUCUGCGCCGGCUGCCUGCGCGGCCGCACCGCCGACGGCCGCCUCGCCUGCCCGCUGUGCCAACACCAGACGGUGGUGAAGGGCCCCAGCGGGCUGCCUCCGGUGGAUCGGCUGUUGCAGUUCCUGGUGGACAGCUCAGGGGAUGGUAUGGACGUGGUGCGCUGUGCCAACUGCGACCAGGAGUGCGGCAAGCAGGACGCAGAGACCACGUACUUCUGCAACACGUGCGGGCAGCCGCUGUGCGCGCGCUGCCGCGAUGAGACGCACCGGGCACGCAUGUUCGCGCUCCACGACAUCGUGGCCUUGGGCCAGCGCAGCCGCGACGUGCUCCAGAAGUGCACACUGCACGCCGAGCCCUACAUCAUGUUCUCCACCGACAAGAAGUCGCUGCUGUGCAUCCGCUGCUUCCGGGACAUGCAGGGGGAGAGCCGGGCUCACUGCGUGGACCUCGAGUCGGCGUACGUGCAGGGCUGCGAGCGGCUGCAGCAGGCGAUGCUGGCGGUGAAGGCGCUGCAGACCGCCACAGGGGAGGCCAUCGCACUGCUGCAGGCGAUGGUGGACGAGGUGCGACGCAGCGCGGCGGAUGAGGAGGCCGCCAUCCACGCCCUCUUCGGCAGCAUGCAGGACAAACUGGCAGAGAGGAAAGCGCUGCUGCUGCAGGCUGUGCAGAGCCAGUAUGAAGAAAAGGACAAGGCCUUCAAGGAGCAGCUCUCCCAUUUGGCUACUCUGCUGCCCACCCUCCAGGUCCACCUGGCCAUCUGCUCUUCCUUCCUCAGCUUGGCCAACAAGGCUGAGUUCCUGGACCUGGGCUAUGAGCUGGUGGAGAGGCUGCAGGGCAUCGUCACGCGGCCACAUCGCCUACGGCCCGCACAGAGCAGCAAGAUCGCCAGCGACUACCGCGCCGAGUUCGCGCGCUGCCUGGAGCCGCUGCUGCUGCUGGGACCGCGCCGGGCGGCGGGUGCCGGGGGCGGUACCAGCACGCUAGCAGGGGGCUCGGGCCCCAAGGUGCUGAUGGGACCCAGCUGCCCCUCCCCCGUGGGAAAGAUGUUGGGGUCACCGGUCCAAAAGCCCACGCUGCACCGGUCCAUCAGCACCAAGGUGCUGCUGGCAGAGGGCGACGAUUCACCCUUCACGGAACACUGCCGCCACUUUGAGAACUCCUACCGGCGCCUGCAGGCAGAGAUGCAGAACCUGAAGGACCAGGUACAGGAGCUGCACCGGGACCUCACCAAGCACCACUCGCUCAUCAAGGCCGAGAUCAUGGGUGAUAUCCUGCACAAGUCCCUGCAGGUGGACACACAGAUCGCCUUGGAGUAUGCUUCCGUGGAGGGCAUGAGAGCAGUCUUCCAGGAGAUUUGGGAGGAAUCCUACCAGCGCGUGGCUAACGAGCAGGAGAUUUAUGAAGCCCAGCUCCAUGACCUUCUCCAGCUGAAGCAGGAGAAUGCCUACCUGACCACCAUCACCAAGCAGAUCACGCCCUACGUCCGCUCCAUUGCCAAGGUGAAGGAGCGGCUAGAGCCCAGGUUUCAGGCCCCUGUGGAUGAACCGUCAGACCAUCUCCAAAACACGCAUGAUGAUGGCGUGAACGGCGAGGCCCAGGCCAGGAACGAUCCAGUGAGUGUCUCGGAGAGGAGAGAGAAGACCUCAGAGCCGAGAAACAGCCGGACCCUGAGCAGCCUCGCAGAAGAGCCUCCACUAAAAAAUAAAGAUUCUCACAGACCCAAACCGAAAAACGGGGGUGACGUCCCCACAUGGAGAGAGCGCCCAGCUUAGCAUGGGACAGCUCCCGGAGGUCGGGCGUCUUACAACGUGCACAUCAAUGCUGGCGUAUUUAAGAAAAGGCGGUUCCCGUCAUGAUUUCCUGUUUAAUGUGUAACAAUCAUGCAUCAGCAGAAAAACCCAGACACUCUCUGCCAGGUCCCAGUUUCAGGCUCUUUGGCUUGAGCUAGACUUCGUGUUGCCCCGAGUCUUGGUCCUCAUCAAGGUGACUCGGGACGGCAUCCCAGUCGGCGUGGAAAACGUUACACGAGUGAACGUCCAGCCUGAAGCCCCUCACUGCCCCUGCACCUCCCUGGCGUCUGUGUGCUAGUCCUGUGAGCGCCCGUCUGAAUUUCGGGUGAUGAGACUCGCCCACUGUGCAGCACCUGCCCUACCACAGAGGAAUCCGGCUCCGCCUGAAGCACAGCCCCACUGUUCACCGGGCGCCGCUGGAAAGUUCCCCCCGCUAAUCUGAGCGCUGACUCAGCAUAGGGGAGAAAACCCUUCGCUCCAGCUUUUCUCACUGAGCGCAUAAAGCAACGCGAUAGCACCUGGUGGCCUGCAUGGCAGGAGAUGGCCUCCGUCACGACUUCCCCACCGCUGUCCCCCCCGCCUGCUGUCACUUUCCUGUGUUCACCUUCUAUUGGUAUUAAAGCACGAUUCACCAGCAACUUCGCUCUAGUGGUUUUCCACUCCUACCCAGUACCCGUUUUAUCAAGCGGAACUUAAACAAAAUGCUUAAAAAAGAAAAUUAACCUGCAUGACCUAAAGUGUAAAGUCUCGGAGGCAAAACGAUGCCCAAAGAAUCAUGCUUUAAGCAAACAUCAGCUUGAUUCAGUGGUUCAAACGGCGAGUGGCUUCUACGUGCCAGGUGGGCCUGCAGGUCAAUACGCUGACGCAUCCGCCACGUCCGUACCCAACACCUCCACACCUGCUCUGUCAGACGUUCCCAUCCCAGAGCAUCACAAACGUCCACGGUAGCCUGGGGGGCUGGAGGAACUUGUCAUUACAAACUGGUUAGAGGUAGGACUCCAGAACAGAAUCGAGGAGGCAAAACACAUCUGGUUUUACGCUGUAGGUCUUGGACAUUUCUUAGCCAGAAGCAAAAUGACCUUAAGAGUUUCUGGGGGCUUCCCUGGUGGUCCAGUAGUCAAGACUCUGCACUCCCAAUGCAGGGGGCCCGGGUUCGAUCCCCGGUCAAGGAACUAGAUCCCGGA